UGGGGGCAGUGCUCAAAGCGUCCAGUUUCCCGGAUGAAGGUUCAGUCAGCGUGAAUAUGGCGCAGAGAGCACGAGCAGUGCGCUCGUGAAGGGAUCUGUGACGGCUACGCGCAUUUAGCUAGUUUAAGCUAAAUUCGUAAAAGAAACUUUUACCGACUCUAUGAAGUUAUUUUCUCAGCGGACACUCUUUACACUACAGGUCUGAUGCUCUGCUGCAGUCAUGUUCAGCAAGAAGAAAAAGCAACGCAUCCAGAUCUCAGCUCCCUCUAACUUUGAGCAUCGCGUUCACACUGAUUUUGAUGAGCAUGAGCAGAAGUUUGUGGGGCUUCCGCGUCAAUGGCAGAGCCUCAUUGAGGACACGGCCAAGAGGCCGAAACCCUUUAUCGAUGCCUCCGUUAUUACUACUGUAGAGCCACGAAAGCAGGCAAUCGUACGGGGUCGUAAGAUCGGUGACGAUGGCUCACUCACGUGGCUGCUGGAUGAGUUUGAGACCAUGUCGGUAAUCCGUUCAAACUCUUUAAGGAGAGACAGUCCACCACUGCAGCCCCGUCGAGACUCCGGUUCAUCAGGAGGAGGUCAAGAAAACGGAGAGCACCCCCACCAGCAAAGGCCCAGACAGCAACAGGAGCAGCCAGGUAUUGAUCACAGACAGGCCCAACAUCCAUCCCGUUCAUCCAGAGAGGACGGACGCCCUUACCAGCAGCCUCGUGGUCAAGAGCCCAGCAGACACAAAGAUAUCGAUUGGUCAGGAGGGCCACCAGUUCCCAAGCCGAGGGAACGAGAUCGAGAACCCCGGGAAUAUCACGAUCAGGUUGUCAGAAGAGAGGGGGCCAAUGAUAAGAGACCCAAAUCCAGCUACACAGGCCGAGACACCAGCCCACAGUCGCCCCGUGACAAGAGACCACUCUCUGGGCCAAACAUUCGCACCCCCAAUCUACCCGUUACGGAUGGAGUGAUAAAAACGGCACAGCAGGCCAGCCGACCUUUCAACACGUACCCACGAUCUGAAAGCGAUUCUGGGAGAAGCCCCAGUGGCCAGGAUUUAAAAGCAGGCAAAUCUCAUGAGUCUCCCCAUCACAACGGCCCCUCCACCGGUCCAGUCCGAGCUGGCAGCAUUGGAGGUAAACCUGCCUCUCAAGGCCAGCCCAGAGCAGAACCCCAGCAUCAUGCUUCCCACCCAGCUUUAGGUCCUGAGCCCCCUCAUGGCCAGCAUAUACCCCCUCCACCAAAACCGCAGGCCCCGGCAGCACCUCCCCAGCAGGCCCGCUCACCUCAAAGGGAGCCGCAGCGGGUUUCCCACGAGCAGUUCAGGGCCGCUCUGCAGAUGGUGGUUGACCCCGGGGACCCACGCACUUACCUAGACCACUACAUCAAGAUCGGUGAAGGUUCCACUGGUAUUGUGUGUAUCGCAACAGUGAAGCCCACAGGCAAGCUGGUGGCUGUGAAGAAGAUGGACCUGAGAAAACAGCAGCGACGAGAAUUGCUCUUUAAUGAGGUGGUGAUCAUGCGGGACUAUCACCAUGAGAACGUGGUAGACAUGUACAACAGUUACUUAGUAGGGGAUGAACUUUGGGUCGUCAUGGAGUUCCUUGAGGGUGGAGCUUUGACUGACAUUGUUACACAUACUAGGAUGAAUGAAGAGCAGAUUGCCACAGUCUGUUUGUCUGUACUGAAGGCGCUCUCAGUGCUUCACUCUCAGGGAGUCAUUCACAGAGACAUCAAGAGUGAUUCAAUUCUCCUCACUCAUGAUGGCAGGAUAAAGCUAUCAGACUUUGGCUUCUGUGCCCAGGUAUCGAAAGAGGUGCAACGCAGGAAGUCUCUUGUAGGAACGCCCUAUUGGAUGGCCCCUGAGCUCAUCUCAAGACUCCCAUAUGGCCCAGAGGUGGAUAUUUGGUCACUUGGAAUAAUGGUGAUUGAAAUGGUGGACGGAGAGCCGCCGUACUUUAAUGAGCCUCCGCUCAAGGCUAUGAAGAUGAUCAGAGACAACCUUCCACCUAAACUCAAAAAUCUCCACAAGGUCUCGCCACUUCUCAAGGGAUUUUUAGAUAGGAUGCUUGUACGAGAUCCUGCCCAGAGAGCUACAGCUCAAGAGCUGUUAAAGCAUCCCUUCAUGACUAAAGCAGGUCCUCCUUCUUGCAUUGUCCCUCUCAUGAGGCAGAAUCGCAUGAGAUGAGAGGAUAAAUCAGGGCGGGAUCUGACGCAAGCCCUCUGCUAAGCGCAAAGCAAAAUGGAGGUCUACUCCGCACGUUUAACCAUUCUAUGAUUGUACAGGCCAUAGAUACUGAAGACGCUACAUUGAGAGGGCUUUUUACCAUCUCAUAAAACACACAGAUGUGGUGACAUGAAAUAGACAUGAUUGGAGGUCCCUACAGUGUUCUGCUUAAAGAAUGGCCUUUUUGAUCCUUCGGCUUUCUGGUUUCUUCCCAGAAAUGCCGGGAAACAUCUCAGUGGGCUUGACUUUAAAGACUGCGCUUUUGAAUGAACUGAGUAUGUUGAGGUUUAAACAUUGUGAAAAUGAACCACUUGGAUAUUCUAAUCUGCCAUCAACGUAACGCAACAGAUUUUCACGGAUUUUCCUAAACCUCUCCGCACUUCAUCUUUUGCACCAGGAACACACUACUCGAUUGGGUUUUGAACGGGAAAACAACUACUGAAGAAGAUUCUUUAAUUUAAAAAAAAAACGAAAAAGAGAGAAAAUAUACGUUCCUGUUAUGACACUAAACGAUGGUAAACACUGGAGGUGUUUUGUUUCUUAAUUUUGUUUUUAAUGAGCUAUAUCAAAUAGUUUCCAUGCUGUUUUACAAAGUUUUUUUUUAAUGAUUUGAAAGAUUGCGCUGCACUCCAAAUGAUUUUCACACAGAAACUUCCUCCUUUAAUUCAUUGUUCCACUUUUUUUACAUAAUAAAGGGGGGAGGUGUGGGUGUGGGACUUCUUUUCCAACCGAUUCAAAAACUUUCAUUAGCACAUCAGUUUAAGUUGUUUUUCCUGCAGUCUGCCCUACAUUUGAAUUUCGAUCUCUUGCAUAUUUAAAGUAUCAGAGAUUUUCUCUGAAGGAUUCAUCUGUGGUAUAUUCUCCAGGAACGAUGAACGGAAAGUUUUACUAUACUUCUGUAUAGUUUAUAGUUGAGCAUUCUGUAUGCUUUCGUGUAUUAGAGUUUUUUUAGAAACUGAAAUGAACACUAUAGCUAUAGAUUUUGUUGAUCCCACCAUGUGACAGCUGCUAGAACUGCUACAAAAAGCACACAAUAUACAAGCAAACGUGUUUUUAUGUUUAAAUACUGAUAUAUAAAUGGUCAUUUACACUACUGCUCUCCACGUCUAGAACCCAAUGCCAUCAUUUAGGAUUUAAAGAGGCAUAGUACUUUAUUAGUUUGCACCUAGAGAGCAACCAAAGACAGGAUUAUAAUAUCAGUUAGUCCAAACAUAUUUCUGUGUAUUUGGUACACUGACUGUCCUAGUACACUACAAACUACACUACACAUCACAUCACAUUAAGAUUGCUUAUAUUUGUUUUAUGGUCUGUCACUAACUUGGUUCACAAAAGUUUAACCAAUACAUGAGAGACUGCUUAAAAAUUAUUUAGAUUUGGUAUUCGUUGUAAUGAAAAUAGGUUGGACCGUUCAUGCGAAUCAGGUCACUGGAUUGUUGUCUAAAGCUGUGAGGGCAAACUGUACAAUUGACAGUUUAUUGAUCAUCAAUAAAUUGAUUAAGAUGUAAUAUAGAGAGAGAUUAAUCCUAGACUGAAGCAGUGGCCAAUGUAUAUAUGUUUGGUUAUUUAAACAAAAAUGAAUUAUUUGCCUAAACUUGUAACACAGCAAGCAUAACUCUAAUCUUAGAUCUGAAGUCAUGAAAAAAUUAAUGAUUGACAGGCCGUUGUUAUAAAAAAGUUAUUUUUACCCACCAGGAUUUUAUUUUAUUUUUUAUUGUGGACUGUUACUUUUUCAAGAAGUAUGACAAUCAGGCAUUUGAACAAAGUAUGUUUUACAGUAAUAGCAUUAAUACUUUUUCAAUUAGGAGGAAGUAGCAUGUAUAGGGUCACAUUAAUGUUUAUCUGUGGUUUUAGGCAUAAUUUGUGAUUUAACAAACUGCACUGACACAAACUUUGAGUAGCAUUCUAACAAAACAAUAACAACCUUAAUGCAUGAAGAUCUUUUAUUGCAACAGAACAUGUGCCCUUUUCCUUUUAGUCAUUUCUUUUAAUACACCUGCAAAUUUCGACUGUUAGCUUUUGAAACUGGAGACCUCUCUAUAACCUGAAGCCUUAUUUGUUUGGAUGCGUGAAUGGAAAAUGCUGUACUGUGAGCAAAACGGUUUGCAUGAUGCAUAUUUGCCUUUUCUCUUCAUUCACAGGUUUAAGAUGUAUUACAUUCCCAGACAAUAUGUGAGCAUGAUCUGUUUGAAGAUAUGAACUGAUUUUUUGUGUUUGUUUUCGAAUGUUGUCCUUGCAUAACUUUGGUAACGUUAGCAAAUGCUCUCUGGAAGGGUACAUUGUUUUAUAAUACGGCUUUCUUUUAUACAGUUACAUCCUAGAUUGCCUCUGCAUUUACACUAAACGGAUAUUCCGUAUUCUGCUGUUGUCAUGUAUUUUUUUUAAAGCCUAAUAGGUUUCUAAUUUCUAAUCUUGCACUGUAAACAAAUUUAGUUUUGUUUUAAAGUCUGUAACCAUAAUAGACUGUUGUGUCAGCAUGUACAUAUUUGAACAAAAACCCUUUUGUCUGAGAUAUUGAAUAGAAGAACUGAAGACUCGAACAUUCUGACAUAAUCUAGAUGACCGAUUGAUUAUUUUGGAUUUAUGUGUUAAAGUAAUCCUCAAAAACCUUUUGGAUUCACAACUGCUACUGACAGACCAACAUGUUUGUGAAAUGUAAACUGGUUCAUACCGUUUCCCUUGUUCUUUGUUCAUUUAAUUUUUUAAGUGUUGACAUUUUUGAUUGACAGCCUAUGUCAGUUUCCUCUAUCAUAUGUGAAAUUUAACUGGUGGUAAAAUGGACUUCAAACUGAUUUUUGAGAUUUUCAAAUACAGUUUUUAAACCUA